AAGAUUUAGAAGGGAGAGUUAGCCUUACUCUGCUAGAACUGAAGAAAAUGCCCCAAAGCAGGUUAGAGAGACGGAACAUUGUCAAAGUAGCAGAAUAUGUUAGCAGCCAGUUACGAGGGAAAAGUUGUGAUAUUGGAGCCUCUCUAAAGGAGAUCGGUCCUCAUCAGAUCUGGCACCAGGUAGAUUCCCAGCACAUGACCCCAGAUGAUCAGCUGCUUCGGUCCCCAGGCUACAGAGAACAAGAUAUUGAACUUUUGUAUGAAGAAUAUGUAAGGCGAAGCUACCCACAUUCUACAGUCUGUUUUAGAGACAUGAAGCCAUUUCUUACAGAUUUAGGAUGGAAGGAUAAGGAAGCUGAUAUAUUCAGGGCCAUGGAUGGGCAGAAGACCGGAGAGUUAGGGCCAAGGGAAUUCAUUCUUGGACUAACAGCAAUGGAUCCCAUGACCAGCCAUGGAAAAGGACCUGCAGAAAUACGAUGUCGUUAUAUAUUCAAGUACUAUGAUAAGAAUGAUGAUGGUCACCUUCAAGUAAGCGAGCUGAAGGAGUUGGUGAAGGACAUCGCUGAGCUCCAAGGUCUCGAUGUUACUCCCAAGACUCUGGAGGAAAGGACCAAGAAAGCUUUAGAAACGUUUGACAUUGAAGAUGAUUCAAAGUUAUCUCUCAACAACUUCCUUGUCUGCGUUGGUAACCUACGUUUCAGAGGAACGUCACUACUCCUCCGUGCUAAUAUGUCAAUCAUCCCACAUCUGGUACACAAGUAUGGACCGUCCAGCAAUACUGAUGACAGCUUACACUUGCUAAAGGAUGAAUGA